GGCUCCGGGACAACAGCAGGAGUUAGUGUCUCGUGUCAGGAUCAGCAGCGGAGAGCUACGGACACACUUUCUGAAUAUAUUAUCUUGUUAUUUAUAACGAUACACUGCCGCGCUGUUGAAUAGUUUAUGUCAUAGUUUUAACGUUCAGAAAUAGCGACGAGGCGUGGAUAUUAGGGCAGCGUUUGAAAAGAAAGAAAGAAAGAAAGAACGAACGAAAGAGGGGAAAAGACUGACCGCUGGAUUUAAUUUCCAACUGGAAUGUGGUUGUUGAUAGAGAGAGAACGGGCGGUGUGUAUGUGUUUGUGUGUGUGUGUGUUUGUGUGUGUGUGAAAGAGUGUGUGUUUGCGAGGUAAGUGUGUAGCGGGCUAUGCCUCGUCUCUUUGGUCUCUGGUCCUGGAUCGUGUGAAUUCCCCGGGCUCCAGUUACUAAACUACCCGGCAGACAGCAGCCUCAGCCCGGCCACAGGGAGGGGAACACUAGCUCAUGUAGUCUCUGUUCUUUCUCCUCUCCCCCAUACCCCUCCAUACCCUUCUCUCCGGGCUCAGAGGAAUUGAGGACACAGUGGAUAGCGGAGGAACGAGGAGGAGUUUCAGGUGGGAUUAUAAACUUGUUUUGACUUUUGCUUUGAUCCUGGGGACUUCAGCGUUUUUGGCGGUAGGUUAAAUAAUUAACGCUAACCUUAAAAAAAAAAAACUACGGAUAAAAGAGGGAAUAUGACCGGUUGUUGAUGAUGACUGCUGACCUCGCGGAGACCGAGUUAACUGCUUUUCGUGACUGAUGUGGGUGGCGCGGCGUGCCGACACUGGACCUAGCUGACACCCCACCGGGACAGAGGUUCUGAUCGGUGAUCAAUAAUCCAGGAGAGUAACGGGAGUACCUGGCCGGUAUGGAGCGGCGCGGGGGCAGUUGGAGCACCGUGACCGUGUUGUGGCUCGUGCUGAUCGAGCUGGUUUUGUCACCUUGUAUGGCAGAGGAAGAAGUGGUAAUGAACACUAAACUAGAGACGUCAGAUCUACGAUGGACCGUUUACCCACACACAGACUCUGAGUGGGAGGAGAUGAGUGGUCUGGAUGAUGAAGGGACCAGCGUGAGAACCUAUCAGCUGUGUCCUGGAGACAGCAGCACCUCUCAUUGGCUUAGGAGCCGGCUGAUCCCCCGAAGGACUGCCUCCGUGCUCUACGUAGAGAUACGGUUUACGAUGAUGGAGUGUUCGUCUCUUCCCUUCAACUCCCACCGGUCCUGUAAAGAGACGUUCAACCUGCACUACUAUCAGACAGACACGGACGAAGCUACCAACACGCACCCUGCCUGGAUGGAAAACCCCUAUACUAAGGUGGACACAGUAGCAGCUGACUUCCUGCUUCGUAGGGGCGGAGAGAAGAAGUCCAACGUGAAGACUCUCAGGAUUAGCCGGUUGACCAAAAGGGGCGUGUACCUAGCCUUCCAGGCACAGGGAGUCUGCAUGGCCUUAUUGGCUGUCAGGGUGUAUUUUAAGAAGUGUCCAACCCUGACACGUUCCUUCUCCCGAUUCCCUGAGACUGUUCCACAUACCUUGGUGGAGGGGGCUCAAGGAGAGUGUGUAGACAACGCCGUGACCCCCCCGGGCGAGCUGGCACGCCCUCCCAGCAUGCUGUGCGGUGAGGACGGACAGUGGGUCGGUCAGCCGGCCACUGCCUGCGCCUGUCGGCCAGGGUAUGAAGCUACAGACACAGACCUCCGAUGCAAAGCUUGUCCAGGUGGUCAGUAUAAGGCAGGGCCAGGAGUCGGUGGGUGUGUCCUGUGUCCGACCAAUAGCAACACUUUGGUAACAGGCUCCGCCUACUGCCUCUGUCGUCCUGGUUACCACAGAGCAGAUUCCGACCCCACACACACACCCUGCACACGCCCCCCCUCAGCGCCCCGCUCCAUUGUAACCCAGAUCAACGACACCAUGGUGACGUUAGAGUGGUCGGAACCUUUGGAACGCGGUGGCCGUGGAGACCUGACCUACAGCGUGGGGUGUGUCCGCUGUGGCGCCUCCCCUCAGAGGGCAUGUCUUCCCUGCGAAGAGGGCGUGUCCUAUCGCCCCAGCCAGCACGGCCUAUCACAGCGCAGGGUGGUCAUCCGCGGGCUCCUCCCACACACCACCUACACCUUCACGGUUCAGUCAGAGAACGGCGUCUCACAGCUCAGCCUAUCGGAACCCUCCGUGGAAAGGGUCAAUAUCACAACCAGCCGAGACGUCCCAGCCCCGGUCUCAGGUAUAAGAAGGACCAAGGCAUCAGAGAACAGUCUGACUCUACAGUGGAACAGUCUCCAAAACACACACUACACUGUCCUGGAGUACCAGCUACGAUACUGCCCCAAGGACGGUCCAGAGUCUGGUCAGUGGCAGUAUGUAACCAGCGUGGUCAGUAGUGUUGUGGUCAGUAACCUCCAGAGGUCUACUAGUUACCAGGUGCAGGUCAGAGCCAGGACCAUGGCUGGAUACAGCAACUUCUCCCCAGCCUCGACCUUCACCACCCUGCCUGACAAGGUAGAGGCCCACUCUCAGCUGAUGGUGACAGGCGUUCUGGUUGCCAUGGGGAUACUCCUCCUUAUUACCGCGGUGAUCAUUGCUGGAUACUGCUACUGUAAACACCUGUGUGUGAAGGAUAUAGAGAUGAAUGAUCAGAAUGGACAGUACCUGAUGAGACAGACAGGUAUGAAGGUGUACAUCGACCCUUUCACCUACGAAGAUCCCAACGAGGCGGUUAGAGACUUCGCUAAAGAGAUAGACGUGUCCUUCGUCAAGAUAGAGGAGGUCAUUGGAGCUGGUGAGUUUGGAGAGGUCUGUCGAGGCAGACUGAAGGUCCCUGGGAAGAAGGAGAACUAUGUGGCCAUCAAGACUCUGAAAGGAGGAUACACUGACAAACAGAGGAGGGACUUCCUGUCUGAGGCCUCCAUCAUGGGUCAAUUCCAAUCUGUAGGUCAGUUCCAGCACCCCAAUAUCAUCCACCUGGAAGGAGUCAUCACGGCUUCCUGUCCUGUUAUGAUACUGACUGAGUUUAUGGAGAAUGGGGCCCUCGACAGCUUCCUUAGGUUAAACGAUGGUCAGUUCACACCUAUCCAGCUGGUGGGAAUGUUACGUGGGAUAGCAUCAGGUAUGAAGUAUCUAUCGGAGAUGAGCUAUGUCCAUCGAGACCUGGCAGCUCGCAACAUCCUAGUCAACUCUAACCUGGUCUGUAAGGUAUCUGACUUCGGCCUGUCACGAUUCCUCCAGGAGAACUCCUCUGACCCCACAUACACCAGCUCACUGGGUGGUAAAAUCCCCAUACGUUGGACAGCUCCAGAGGCGAUUGCGUUCAGGAAGUUUACAUCGGCCAGUGACGCGUGGAGCUACGGCAUCGUGAUGUGGGAGGUGAUGAGCUUGGGAACGGCCGUACUGGGACAUGAGUAACCAGGAUGUGAUCAAUGCUAUAGAACAGGACUACCGUCUGCCCCCCACAGUG